AUGCCGUGUAUGUAUUUCUCAGGGGUAGAUAGUGAUUCUAUCACUAUCGAUGACCCUAGCAAUGGAUGCAUUACAAUAAAUCCCGAACUAUUUAUAAGAGUUUUCAGUAACAAUGAACAAAAUACGAGAGUCUUUUUGGACACUCACUUGCUUAAGAUUCGGGAUAAUGAAGAUGGGCAAGAACAUCGUGCAGAGAAACUAGUGUCUAAGGGCAAUGCAUCAGUGGGUCUAGGAAGUAUGCCCUCUAUACCUAUUCUUGUGUAUACUAGCCGGGCAUUGAUUACAGCUGAAUUUAGGAAGAUGAGUAGUGAUGAUUUCAAGGAUAGGUAUCUUGCCCCUCUUGAUAGUGCCCUUAAAGAAUCGAAUAUUUGCCGUCGACCUUUAGCACAAGAAUAUACUUACCCACGGGGAGAUGCAGUACAUAUAGAACAAGCUAUCCAGCGGUACUUUAAUGGAAAAAUAGCUGAUCCACUUAAUGAUUUUUUUCACGACGUUAAGUAG